UACUCCUUUUUAGUUUCCUUCCACUCUCUUUAUGCUUCAAACCAGAGAGGAAGAAGCAGCCUCCCAAGCACUUCUCUCCACAAAAAACAAAAGCAUAAAGGGAGAGAGAGUCCUAAUCCUAAGUUAGAGGGGGGGCGGGGGGAAAAGAAAAGAGAAGAGGCAAAAAUUUUUUGGUGGGGUGAAGUUGAUUUUGGCUUCUUUGAUAUGGAGAAGCACAGAUGUAAGCUAUGCUCUAGGAAUUUUGCUAAUGGCAGAGCUCUGGGUGGGCACAUGAGAUCUCACAUGAUGAAUCUGUGCGCAGCAUCCAAGGCCAAGCAGGAAUUCAUCAAAGAGGAGCAUGAAGAAGAAGAAGUUAUGAACAUUAAUGAUGAGAGGCAAAUUAGUGAAGAGUUUGAGUCAGUGCCAUCAUCAUCUUUUUCAUCAUCAUCAUCGUCAGAAGAUGAAGAGAUUAAUCCAAAGAAAAAGGUCGGCAUGGUGAUGGAUCAAGAAUUCUGUUUUGGAGGAGUUGAGGUAACCGCUGCUGCUGCUGAUUCUGUUGUUGUUCAGGAUAGGGAGAGUGAGACCGAGUCAUCAAAGAAUCCAAUUUGUAGAAGAUCCAAAAGAGUUAGGAAAUCAAGAGUUUCGGAUGCAGUCCAAUUUUCCGGUUAUAUUAAUGAUAGGAUGGCAGAACUGAAAAAGCCCAAGUCUGGAAAACAGGGCAGGUUUUCUUGUGAAUUACCAUUUGCGGAUGCUGAACCCGUUAGUUCAAUCUCUGAUACCACCACAGAAGAAGUUGUUGCUUAUUGCUUGAUGAUGCUAUCUAGAGACAAGUGGAAGAAAGAAGACAAUGAAGAAGAAGCCAUGUACGGAGGAGAAGAAGUGGAGGAGGAGGAGGAGGAGGCAGAGGAAGGAAAGGCUGAUCAUGAAGAACCAAAAAAGCAGAAAAAGAAUAAAGAUGCAAAGAGCCAGUACUGUCAUGAUUUUGGUGUGGUUAAAGUAACCAAGAGCAGGACUAGGGGGAAGUACAGAUGUGAAACAUGUAACAAAGCAUUUCGCUCUUAUCAGGCCUUGGGGGGGCACAGAGCCAGUCACAAGAGAAUUAAAGCCCACAACAGCAAUUCAACAGAGGAAGAAGUAGCAGGGGUGGAAACAGGGAAUGCGGCCUCAGCUGCUGCAGUUUCUAGUGCGGUAGUUGAAGAGAAGAUACAUGAAUGCCCAGUUUGCUACAGAAUUUUCUCAUCAGGUCAGGCUCUAGGUGGGCACAAGAGAUCACAUGUCAUGGGUGCAGCUGCAGUAGCGGCAGCGGCGGCAGCGGCGGCAGCAACCACACAUGUCAGUAUCAGGACUAGUCCUGCAGCUAAACCAUUUUCAAGAUUUGGAGAGACUUUCAUAGAUCUUAAUCUUCCAGCUCCAGUUGAUGAUGAUGAGAUCAGUCAAAUCGAACUUUCUGCAGUUUCUGAUGCUGAAUUUGUCAACCCAUUCAAGCAAUGAAACUCUUCAAAUUAGGAACUUUUUGCAGGAAAAAAAAAAAGAAGAAGUAGAUUCACAGUAACAGAUGAACUUUUCUUGGGUAGCUUGAAUGAAUGAAAUCCCAUCGGUUUACUAAUCAGAAUGUAAUUUAAACCAUUGGAUAGAAAGGGUUUCUUGAUAUUUGCCCAUUUUACUUAUCAUUGGCCUGUAAUUCGCUUCAUUCCAAAUCCUGUUACUCUUGACAGCUACGACAUCAUUUAACCCAAGGCAACUCAUUUUAAUCA